AUUACUUUGCACAGGUUCUCGACCACGAUUGCUACAUUUGUCGUCCUCCGCAUUACAGGAUGAGGAACGCUGUUGCUUCAACUCUUAUGUUGCUAGCCGCUGUCGGCGCCCCUGCUGCUGCUCAAAUGCCGGUAUCGCCACCAGCGAUGCAGGCAGCACCUGUUCCAGCCAGCGCUGCCGUUGCGAACCAAGCCGUUAACCCCAGUAAUCCACUGAAGAAUGCAGCAGCGGAACGCCUUGAGUCUUUGACAAAAGGCCUCGCGGAUGCCAUACAGGCGAACCCGUUUUUCCAGCUUACGGGUCUGUCGAUGCAAAUUAGAGAACUUGCUCUCACGAACCCCGAUGCUAUAAAGGGAGCAGGCGUGUAUGUAGUGAAUGCACCUAAGCCCUCUGCUGAAAUGCAGAAAAUGACGCAGUUGUUUUCCAACCAGGGCAUCGAGGACAUUUUGCAAGGUGUAGAUAGUCCCGCAGUUAAGAUGCAAAGAAAAGAGGAGGAGGAUGCAAAACUGGACUACGACAAGCUUAUGGAACCUGAAAAUCAGUCGGAUCUUCAAAAAGCACUUCCGCCACAGGAAAGGCUGCGAUAUGAUCAACAAAGGAUAGGGCAGAUCAAGAAUCAGCUUUCAGUAUACAAGAAAAACGUUGAGAAAGCGAAAAAACUAAUCAGAAAAAAGGCAGAGGCACGUGAGCAGUAGCUUGCUCUUUCCACAUACCGUGCAGUUCCGCGAUCAGUGUCCCACUCUCGGAAUGGCGACAUGUGACCGCAUUUUUAAAUUCAUUCUCGGGAAGGGGCGAGGGAUGGCGAUCACGAACUCGGAUUGAUUUUCAUCUUCCUGAUUCGCAACGUUCUUAGCCGGUUUAUUGAAAAG